UCCAACCAACUGUGUCCAUACCCUUGGCAAAGACGUCCUUGCGUGAACAAUUAGCUCCUCUGCUGGUCAGUGGUGAGGCUUGUGUUCCUCCAAGGUUGAGUCUAGUCGCUGCCCGCCGCCCUUCAAGCUCUCGCCCCAACCAGAUAUCCAUUCGAAGGGUAUUGUGACAUUCUGUUCGAAGACCGAAGACAUCACUUGCAUCGAUACUCAAUCAAAUCAUCUGUCACAAGAAUCAUUAUAGACUGUACUCUACCAACGAGGAUGACCAUGCUACCAGAUUCCCUCACCGACAUGGAGAAGCCGUCGUAUAUCGAAGACAGCAUAGCGCCUCACGUCAAACGAAACGAUCCACCGAUGUUCGACUUGCGCGCUAUAUGGGACGGUAGCAUCCAAAGACCGAGCAUGCAAAGAGCGGCAUCCCGCGACGCUUCUCAAGGCGUGAUUGAACAGAAGCUGGGAUCCAGCUCGCUCCUCGAAUCGACAAGCAUGGAAACAGAUAUCACAGCGAGCAGGAAGAUCUCUGCCAGCCAAUCCCCUUCCAGAUUCAUGAUCCCUUUUGAUUUGCAGAACGGUACUUCACCAAGAGGUUUGCAGGGUCCCUUUGAACAAGAGUAUAUGAAGCAUAGGCAGGCCUCAGAUGCCAUCCGCAUGCCGACAGCACUGCCUAUUGGUACUCCGGAUCGUCGCAAUUCAAGCAUAGCAGCAUGCUUUCCUGGCUUGGCCGGAUCGCCUGAUGACUCUACACUAGCGACACAAGGACAGCUAGGCUGGUCAGCCGCAAAACAACGUGCGGCAAGGGAUUCGGUCACAGAUAUCUGGAUGAAUCCUCUCAGCUCUCGAACCCCCAGCCGAGAGAGGCCGUAUCUCUCCUCGUUUCGAUCAUAUGGUGCGCCAACUACUCCGCCCUCUGGUGCGGAUAGCUUGCAGACGUCGCUGCAGGAAAAAUCAUUCGGCGAAGACGGAUAUCAACCAGAUAGAAGCCGUGCAGUGUCUCUCGCUUCGCGACCCCCGUCGCUUACCUCUACGAUUAGCGGCAUGAACAGUGCCACAGUUAGCCUUAUCGACGGCUUGUCAUCCCAAUGCAAUCAAACAAGCAUCCAGGACCCGAGCCCAGAUUUUGCUUCACGAGAAUCGAUUGUGAGCUCGACUGGUAAUGCAUUUGCGAGUCCGGAUCUACAGCAAUCGUAUUUUGAUAAAUCUGCAGCAUCACGCUCCUGGGCACCGCAGUCUCACAACAGCUUUGGUACCUUGCGAGAUAUGCGUCCGGCAUAUGGCUACGCACGCGAUAGUCCGGCACCUUCAAGGUCGUCUGAUGGACUACAUACUACGACCCAGAAUCAGAUGCUACGUGCUGCACGCCCCCUCAAUUUCAACUCUCGCGAGUUUUAUCCUGGCAUUUCAUGCGGCGAUUUCACGAACGACCACAAAGCGACCUCAGAGAUGUCCUGGAAAGGCCAGAACUUCCGAGAUGCGUUCACGACACAGCCCUUUGAACAGCACCACUACAACAGUGAUCCCGUAUUCGACUCGAACCCGCAACCGUUCUUACUCAGCCCUCCUCGCACAAAUGAUACAAACCCUCGCUCCUUCAUACCUCCGGCACACGAUCUUCAACAGGGACCAGCAGCAUUUCCAAUAGUUUCUGCAUCAAAUCACUUACAGCAUGGAAACAACGGACAAAGCUCCUUGCUCUCACAUUUCAGAGCCACGAUGAAGACCAAGCGAUACGAGCUGAGAGAUAUCUAUGAUCACGUUGUUGAAUUCAGCAGCGAUCAGCAUGGAUCGCGAUUCAUUCAGACCAGAUUGGAGACGGCAAAUCCGGAAGAAAGGGAGCAAAUAUUCAGCGAGAUCCGGCCCUACUUGAUUCCGCUCAUGACCGACGUCUUCGGGAACUAUGUAAUUCAAAAGUUCUUCGAGUACGGCAGCCUAUCGCACAAAGAUAUCCUUGCAGCGACGAUGCAAGGUCAAGUGGUCCCGCUCAGCUGUCAGCCAUAUGGUUGUCGGGUAGUGCAGAAGGCUUUGGACCAUGUCUCGGUCACCCAGCAAGCAUCGCUUAUCGAUGAGCUGAAUGGAGCGGUAGUGGAUCUGAUCCAGGACCAGAACGGCAACCACGUCGUCCAGAAAGUCAUCGAGCGCUGUUCGGCUUCCAUGAUCGAUUUCAUCGUGCAUUCGAUGCGAGGUCAGAUCCAUCGUCUCAGCAUCCAUAGCUAUGGAUGCCGCGUUGUUCAACGAUGUCUGGAGAAGCCGGCGCUGGCUUCGAAAUCGUUGAUCCUCUCCGAGCUGACGGAUUGCAUUCAGACCAUGAUCCCAGACCAGUACGGCAACUAUGUGGUACAAUACAUCGUCACUCACGAGGAUACCGAAUGCAAGCGCCGCAUCAUGGCUCAUGUGAUCGACAACCUCGAGAUUCUCAGCAGGCAUAAAUAUGCUAGCAAUGUGGUUGAAAAGUGCAUUCAAAGCUCCGAUGACGCCUACAGAAGAAGCAUUGUUCAUUCGCUCAGCAAUAUUGCCAAACGUCGCUCUGAGAGCGAGAGCUUGGUUGGCAUGGUUAAGGAUCAAUAUGGAAACUAUGUGAUUCAAACCCUUCUCGACACACUCUGCGAAAGCGAAUACCACACUCUGGUGAAUCUGCUCCGCCCUGCCAUUGCACAAGCGAAGCGCACGAAUCCCAACAACAAGCAGAUUCCUGCCAUUGAGAGCAAAAUGGUUCAUUCCACGGAUUACCCGCAACAACAACGUCUGCCGCAUUGGAGCACCCAGCGAUUCCAAUCGACCACCAAUGGAAACGCCCACUUCAGUACUGCUCAACACGCACGCAUUUGAAGUUUAUGGGGACAUCGAUUUACAAUGAGGGACGACGACUCGAGGAAAGCCGCAGUAUAGCCGCGGACUGAUCACGUCGAUUCGGCGUUCUGAAUGGAUAUGUACUGCGCAUAGCGAGCAUUGGUUGCAGGAGCAGCAGCUUUUGACAACCUGGCUGGCAAGACCAAGCUCUUGCAUGACAGGGCUGUGUCACGAAUAUACACACAUACGUACCAAAGUCAUAAUAGAUUAGAUACCCGGGAAUAGAGGAAAACGAUUUU